AUGACGCAGUCCUUCCCGGGCCACGCGUACAGCAAAUACAUCGACCCGAAACGCUAUCCCGACUGCAUCAACCGGAGUUUGAUUGGCUCCGCGUGCUUCUGGCAGCCGUUCGACGCAGCCGAGGACCUCGACGAAAUCGAAGAGCAGGCCGUGCAUCGAAGAGGCCAGCAGGAUGGUGUCGCUGGCGCAGAUUUCGAGCAGUUCCGGCUGAACGUGGCGUCGGCGAUCGUGCCUGGGACCCACGAGCAGAACGACGAUAUUCUGAAUUCACUUCCUGCAGAUCAGUAUUUGCUCUCCGUCGCACACAUCGCCCGUAUUCAGUUCAACAUGCAGCCAUCUUUGCGGGAUGCCUACAAGAAGUACAGGUCUGUUGUCAAUCCUGGCGUCGGCCAGCUGAGAGUGGGUGUGCAUAUCAGGAGAUCCGACUCUUGCAGCGAAUUGGUCCGCGACGGGUACAAAAUGGAGGCGUCGAAGAUUGACGCAGGCCCCCAAAUGACAAACGUGCGCUUGUGCUACCACACGCAGGUAUAUAUCAAUGGGCUGCGCCGCGUCAAGAACCUCUAUGGCUUGCCUCUGGCAGUCUACUUGUCCUCGGACGACCCCGGCUCCAUUCUGGACGAGAUCAGGGCACUGAGUCCCGACCUGUUUGAGAGCAGCUCCUGGCAUCACGUGAAGUUCGCGCCGGAUGCGCAGGAGUCCCUCGGGUACAACAAGCACACGGGCCUGACCGUUGAGUUCCAGGACGACGCCACGUCGGCGCUGAUCGGGGAGACGGCGGCCCUCGACGCGUGGCACCUCAGCCACAGCGAGGUCUUCAUCGGGUCCAUCGGGUCUCGCUUCGGGAAGAGCGCGUACCUCCUCGCCGUCUCGCGGCGCAACGUCGUGGUCCCGUACAUCUCCGUCGACGGCCACAGCUAUUGCUGCCAGAACGACGAGCAGUGCUCCCUUGCGACCGAGGCCCUCACGGGCAUGGCCGACUGCUUGCUGUUCGCUCCCGAGAUCGACUUCCUGACGCCGAACAAGAGGGGCACCUACUGGGAGGACGGCGUCACGAUCCGCCACGACAGGCCCGUCUCCGAGAGGCGGCCCCUGUGGCCAGCCGCCUCCCCCCACGCGUUGGAGCCUGCUCUGUCUUGA